UUACGUAUAAGUGGCACCUAGCCGUCCACAGAUGAAAAUGUCAAAUAUGCUGAUAACUACACAUAGUAUAUACUAAAGCCUUCCUGCAUCAGAGCUGCACUCCAUAAAAUAUCAGCCUAGCUUUGGCCUUAUUCAAUUCCUGGAAAAGGACUAAGCCUCAAGCCAGAAACUAAGUUAGCCUAAAACCUAAUUCAAAAAGGAAAUCCAAAAAGCAAAGUUGAGUAUUCUUGUUAUUUAUAAUUACUGCAAAGUCUUUCUCUGAUUGUAUCUGAAUCACCAUGGACAUUUCAUACUACAUCCUCAUCUUCACUUUCCUUUACUUGCUAAAGAACCAUUUCCUUAGAAAAUUCCAUAAUCUCCCACCAAGUCCCUUUAUUUCUUUGCCCAUAAUAGGCCAUCUAUAUCUCUUCAAGAAACCACUCAUUAAAACAUUAGCUAAAAUUUCAGAAAAACAUGGUCCUUUGCUUCUCCUCCGAUUUGGAUCGCGCCCUGUCCUCCUUGUCUCUUCCCCUUCUCUUGCAGAGGAAUGUUUCACCAAAAAUGAUAUCGUCUUUGCCAACCGUCCAAGAUUGCUAGCUGGAAAACAUCUUGGUUACAAUUAUACCAGCCUUGUUUGGGCCUCCUAUGGCCAAAAUUGGCGCAAUCUAAGGCAGAUUGCUACUCAUGAAAUCUUAUCCACUCAGAGAAUUCAAAUUUUUGCUGAAAUCUAUAAAGGUGAGGUUCGAGCUCUGCUUCAACGACUCGUUAGGGGUAAAACCAGUGAUGGAGCUUCUCACAUAGUGGAUAUGAAAGCGGCUUUCUUUGAGAUGACACUUAACAUUCUGAUGAUGAUGAUUGCUGGAAAACGAUACUAUGGUCGUUCUGCUAUGGAGGAAUCUAGGAGCUUCAAAGAGAUUGUUUCAGAAACUUUCCAAUUGAGCGGUGCAACAAAUAUAGGAGAUUUUAUGCCACUUCUUAACUGGAUAGGAGCAAACAAACUUGAAGAUAAGUUGAAGUUACUGCAGGAGAAGAGGGAUAACUUCAUGCAAGAUUUGAUUGAAGAGCACAAGAACAGCAGAAAGGGAUCUUCUUGUGAGCAAAAGAAAAACACCAUGAUUGAUGUUCUUCUAUCACUCCAAGAUUCAGAACCUGAUUAUUACACAGAUGAAGUGAUAAGGGGCAUGGGACAAGUCAUGUUAUCAGCAGGGACAGAUACUACAGCUAGCACAAUGGAGUGGGCAUUAUCACUUCUUCUGAACAAUACUGAGGCACUAAAGAAAGCUCAAAAAGAAAUAGACACUCGCAUAGGACAGUCAUCAAGAUUACUUGAUGACUCAGACCUUUCUCAACUCCCUUAUCUCCAUGGGAUCAUAAACGAAACUCUCCGAAUGUACCCAGUGGUUCCGAUUCUUGUGCCACAUGAGUCCUCGGAUGAGUGUACCGUUGGAGGUUUUCAUGUCCCCCGUGGGACAAUGUUGCUGGUGAAUAUGUGGGCAAUACAGAAUGAUAAUAAGACAUGGGAAGAGCCAAAUGAGUUUAAGCCUGAAAGGUUUAUCGAUAUCAAAGGGCAACGAGAUGGGUUCAGGCUAAUGCCAUUUGGAUAUGGCAGGAGAGGAUGUCCAGGCGAGAAUUUGGCAAUGCAUGUAGCUAGUUUGGCAUUGGGAUCACUUAUUCAGUGUUUUGAAUGGGAGAGAACAAGUGAAGAGCUGGUUGACAUGACUGGAGGACCUGGACUCACUAUGCCUAAGGCUAUACCAUUGCUAGCAAGAUGUAGGCCACGCCAAAAUAUUGUUAACCUUCUAGCUUAGUUGUAAUCAAGUUUCUUCCCUGAGCUUUCUUUUCAAACAAAACUAAUAAACAUAGACAAACAACACAACAUUUGUCUAUCUACACUAAGUACACAAAACUAAGGAAAAAGUAACAUCUAAAUUUAAGUAGUCUGCUAAUUGUUCACAGCUUGCAGGACAUGAUCAGUAAUUCUUGCAGAGGGCUGGCUUCCUGUUGUAGCUUAUAUCUUCUUAGUUGCUAAUACAACUGCUAGUACGUUGCAAUCCCAAACUUUUAGUUGCUAAUAAAUAGUAACAUCUAAUUUAUGUUACACCUUGUGCCUUAGUUUGUGCCAUACCUGAAUACAAAUAUGGCUCAAUUUAUGCAUUGAAGUGAAUCCUCGUGUACGAGCAUGCAUCAGCAUUCAUCAAACAAGAGCUCACUGUUAUAGUGGUUAUGACUCGCCAUGUAUGUUCAAAAUGUAAUUGAAGCUGACCAUG